AUGAACUCGUCUAGCUCGGCUCCUGGCCCAGCCGAAUCUAUCCUGGCAACCCUGAACACAGCACAAUGCCGAGCCGUCACAUCAAAGUCUUCUACAGUAGCCAUUCUGGCCGGUCCAGGGAGUGGCAAGACGCAUACUCUGGCUUCCCGCGUCGUCUGGCUUGUGGACAAUGUUGGCUAUGCCCCCACCGACAUUAUUGUCGCCACCUUCACGGUCAAGGCCGCACGGGAGAUGAAGGAACGCAUUGCUAAGGCCCUUGGAGAUGACCGUGGGAAGAAGAUUGUCCUCGGCACAUUUCACAGCAUCGCCCGCCGCUAUCUUGCAGCUUAUGGGAAACGCAUCGGACUAGACGAAAAAUUCGCCAUUGCGGACGAUGCAGAUUCCAGGUCCAUUAUCCAGAGGAUAUGCAAGCGAUUCCAGCUCUCGGUGGAUCCUCCGGUUGCAAGAUCAUGGAUCAGCAAGAAAAAGGCAAAAGGCGACAACCAGACGCCGCAAAAGCGGAACGGCAAGGAGGUUCCACAAAGCCGCGAUCUCGAAACUUGCUUUCGAGAGUAUCAGAGCCACCUCGAGCGGUCAAACCUGCUGGACUAUGACGACCUGUUGACUCGGUGUGCGGAGCUGUUGCGGAAGCAUCCGUCAUGUGUUGCCAACGUCCAGGCCGUGCUUAUCGACGAGUACCAAGACACCAACGGCAUUCAGUAUGAGCUCAUGAGGCUGUUCGCGCAGGCAAAGGAGAGGAUUACCAUCGUCGGAGACCCUGAUCAGAGCAUCUACGGCUGGCGAUCCGCCGAGAUCAAAAACCUCUAUCGUCUUCUCAAAGACUACCCGGACACUGACGAGAUUUCCCUCGAGGAAAAUUACCGCUCGUCGCAAGCGAUCCUAGACGUAUCGUUGAAGGUUAUCCAGCAAGACAAGAAACGGUACCAGAAGUUGCUGCUUCCUAUACACAAUAAAGGCACCCGGCCAGUCUUGCGCCGCCUCAAGUCUUCCGCCGUCGAGGCUGAAUGGGUCGUGUCGGAGAUCAAGAGGACGCUGUUGAUGGCGGGUAAGAUGCUUACCCAUGAUGAUGUGGCAAUCCUCCUGCGAUCAGCAUCCCUCUCCAGACACGUCGAAUCGGCCCUUGGCAAGGCUGGAAUGGCGUAUCGAAUGGUUGGUGGGUUCAAGUUCUACGAACGCGCAGAGGUCAAGGUGAUCCUCGACUAUCUGCGUGUCAUUCACCAACCAGACAACAACGAUGCAGUGGCUCGCAUCAUCAACGUGCCUCGCCGCGGCAUCGGAGACACGACCAUCAAGUCCCUUCUUGAGGAAGCUGAAAGCUCCAAGUUGAGCGUCUGGGUAUUGCUGAACAAGCAUUGCCGAGGGGAACGACAAGCAAAGACAAACAUCAAAAAGGCCAUGGAGCAGAAGAUCAGCGGAGAGCUGCUCCGGUUGGUAUCGGGAGUCAGGAGGAAAAUCCAAGAGCCCCCUACCGGGAGCCCGUAUUAUCACUUAGUUGAUCUCAUCGAAAAUCUGCUCUCGCAACUCAACUUCCAGAAGUAUCUCCAAGAGAACUAUCCGGAGGAGCACGAGGCACGAUGGGCCAAUGUCCAGGAGUUUAUCAGUCUGGCUGGAGACUUCAUGCGGGACCUGAGCGCAACAGCGGAUGAAGAUCGUCUCCCGGAGAUCGAUGGAGUCCAACAGGUGCAAGAGAACGACGCCCUUGGCCGGUUCUUGGCCAAUGUCUCUUUGGCGUCGGAUGCCCAGCAAAAAGGCGAUGCGGAUAACAAGCCGAUGGUGACCAUCUCGACCAUCCACGCAGCCAAGGGCCUGGAAUGGCCGGUCGUCUUCGUCCCUGCCGUGUAUAAUGGAUCUAUCCCGCACAUGAGGUCCGAGGAUCUCGACGAAGAGCGCCGGCUUCUUUACGUGGCCAUGACGCGGGCCCAGUCGCUUCUCUACCUCAGCUGCCCAAUGUACAGUUCUCAGAACGGAGGAAAUGGGGGCGAGCGUACGGAGUUGUCGAAGUUUAUUCCAUCAGAGAUUCACCCGUACUUUAGAAAACGCGGCCCAUCUUUCGAGCCUGGGAUCUUGCAAGAAAUCGGACGCAUACUGCGACGAGAGUCUGAGGUGCCGUCGCAAGACAAAGUCUUCAAAGACAUGCCGCUCCUGGAACGGCCUGAGGACAACUUGUACCCUGAGGAUCCAGAGGACUCUUUCGGCGAAGCCGAUGCUGGUGGCAGAAAUAGGCAAUGGCAACGGCGUCCGCGGCCGCAGGCAAUGCCGGUAUCAGAAGACAGUGAUUCCCAGCCAGCGUCGACAUGGCAUACUUCUACGACGAUGGAUGGUGCUUCCAGCUUCACGCUGCCUGGCUUCACAACCGCAAGCGCAGCUCAGGCAAUGCUUGCCGCUGCGAAGGAUAUGGCAACAUCGGCCCAGCGUAGCGACUCGGGUCCUCAAAAAUCGACUGGGCCUCGAAGGGGAACGACGAAGCGACCGGCGGAUCAGCAGAGUCUUCUGGGCUUCGUCAAGAGAUCCAGGUCCGACAUGUCAGACGCAGCCGGCUCAGCGGUAAACCGUUCGUUUACUUCUCAGUCACGGCCGGUUUUCCAAGGGCUGCCCGAACUUCCGAACCCGCACCGGGCGCAACAGCCUGCCUCAGCCAUCGAGCCGAGCCUUAGCGGGCACAGGCUCGGAGUAAGCAAGCUGCCCGCCAAGCCGGCGAGGCCAGUGGUUGAAGGCACCGUGGGGCCGAAGAAACAUUAUGCAAACUUCUCGAGUUCACCUCCUCGGCCAACGUCACCUGAAAAGGAGAACCAAAACACGGACCAGCCGCCGCCGAUCCGAGAACGGCCGGCUAGCUGUUUGCAUGCGACCACGACGACGAACGGUUUUGGAGGGUUCAAACGACCUGCGGCAUUGAAGAAGGAAGGGGGCAUUGCGCCGAUAGACCGGCUGAGGAAACCCUUCAAGCCGCUCACGAUUAACAGGUCAUGA